AUUGUUUCCCUUCUAGUUCAAUCAUGGUUGAAAUUAAGAAGAUCUGUUGCAUUGGUGCAGGCUAUGUUGGUGGGCCCACAUGCAGUGUCAUUGCUCAUAUGUGCCCUGAAAUCAGGGUAACAGUUGUUGAUGUCAAUGAGUCAAGAAUCAAUGCAUGGAAUUCUCCAACCCUUCCUAUUUAUGAGCCUGGAUUAAAGGAAGUGGUAGAAUCCUGUCGAGGGAAAAAUCUGUUUUUUUCUACCAAUAUUGAUGAUGCCAUCAGAGAAGCUGACCUAGUAUUUAUUUCUGUAAACACACCAACAAAAACCUAUGGGAUGGGGAAAGGCCGGGCAGCAGAUCUGAAAUAUAUUGAAGCUUGUGCUCGACGCAUUGUGCAAAACUCAAAUGGGUACAAAAUCGUGACUGAGAAAAGCACAGUCCCUGUGCGGGCAGCAGAGAGCAUCCGCCGUAUAUUUGAUGCCAACACAAAGCCCAACUUGAAUUUGCAGGUACUGUCCAACCCUGAGUUCUUGGCAGAGGGGACAGCCAUCAAGGACCUAAAGAACCCAGACAGAGUCCUGAUUGGAGGGGAUGAAACCCCAGAGGGCCAGAAAGCUGUGCGGGCGCUCUGUGCUGUGUAUGAGCACUGGGUUCCCAAGGAGAAGAUCCUUACCACCAACACUUGGUCCUCAGAGCUUUCCAAACUGGCAGCAAAUGCUUUUCUUGCCCAGAGGAUCAGCAGCAUUAACUCCAUCAGUGCUCUGUGUGAAGCAACAGGGGCUGAUGUGGAAGAGGUGGCAACAGCUAUUGGGAUGGACCAAAGAAUUGGAAAUAAAUUUCUAAAAGCCAGUGUCGGUAAAUCAAAUUUUUCUCUACGUAUAAUAGGUUACUGAAGCUUCCGGCUGUAUAGAAGAUUUUUGUUUUUAAUUUAAUAUCCU